UCAUCAAAUGUCUGGGCGCCAUUUGCUUCUCAAGUGGAUUGGGAGGUCGCGAAGUGGGCUAAGCUUCGCGGACCCAGCUCCACAGCAUUUUCGGAGCUUUUGGCUAUACCUAGUGUUCUGGAUCGCCUUGGUCUGUCAUACAGAAGCUCAGCCGAGCUCAACAGUAUUAUCGACAAGCACAUCCCACGCUCUCGCCCAGCCUUUACUCAUCAUGAAGUUGUUGCUGCCGGCGAGAGUUUUGAUAUGUUCUCUCGCGAUAUCUUGGAGUGCAUCCGGUCGCUCUAUGGUGACCCGGAGCAUGCUCAGUACCUUAGUUUUGCUCCAGAGCGUCACUACGCUACUGCAGACAAGGCGCCAAAUGAACGCUUAUAUCACGAUAUGCAUACAGGGAAAUGGUGGUGGGGAACUCAGGAGCUACUCGAGAAGGAGAAACCUGGUGCAACUGUAAUUCCCGUUAUCCUGUCGUCGGAUAAAACACAGAUUACUCUCUUUCGAAAUAAGACAGCUUACCCUGUAUACCUUACGAUUGGCAACCUCCCGAAAUCUAUUCGUCGCAAGCCCAGUCGCCAGGGCCAGAUCCUACUCGCCUACCUGCCCACCUCCCAGCUUAGCCAUAUCUCGAACAAGUCUGCACGGCGCCGAACACUCGCCAACAUGUUCCAUGCGUGCAUGGCUCAUGUCGUCGAGCCGUUACAAGCAGCGGGCGUCGACGGCAUUCACGUCACCAGUGGCGACGGAGUUACUCGUCGUGGGCAUCCCAUUCUUGCGGCAUACGUGGGCGACUAUCCAGAGCAGUGUCUCGUUUCGGCUGCGUACUCCGGGACGUGCCCCAUAUGCGACUGCGACCACGACUCGCUCAGCGAAUACCCGUGCACUGCCCCACUCCGCGAUCUCGAUACGGUCCUCAAUGCCUUUGAUUUACAUGGAACGUCCGAGUUCUCUGCUGCCUGUCGCGACGCGAACGUAAAGGCGAUCCAAGAACCUUUCUGGAAGAAUCUCCCGUACGUUGACAUCUUCCAGUCGAUCACACCCGACAUCCUUCACCAGCAGUAUCAGGGCGUGAUCAAGCACCUGAUCUCGUGGCUCACUGUUGCGUGCGGGGCAGCCGAGAUCAACGCUCGCGCUCGCCGACUCCCUCCUAAUCAUGGAAUGCGCAUCUUCCAGAAGGGUAUCACCACCCUUUCACGCGUCAGCGGCACGGAGCAUAAGCAAAUGUCUCGCUUCCUUCUCGGGCUUAUCAUUGAUGCACCACGUCCUUAUCAGCAACGUUCGCGUCUCGUCCGUGCUACUCGCGGCCUUCUCGACUUCUUAUAUAUAUCCCAGUUUCCGGUUCAUACCAACGACACAAUCACUGCUCUCGAGGACUCUUUGGCCGCCUUCCACGCGAACCGUCAAGUCUUCGAGGAUAUCGGCGCUCGUGAGCAGUGGAACUUCCCAAAACUCCACUCCCUUCUACACUAUGCACGAGCAAUCAAGCUAUUCGGCACCACCGACAACUUCAACACCGAGGCAACUGAGCGCUUGCACAUCGACUUUGCCAAGGACGCGUAUGCAGCAACUAAUCACAAGGAUGAGUUCUUCCAGAUGACGAUCUGGCUCGAGCGUCAGGAGAAGAUCAUUCACCACACCAAAUACAUCAGUUGGCGCAGCCUCGGUGCCGAUCGAGAUGAGGCAAUCGCAGCACCUCGUGAUGUGCAUUGGCGCCCUCCUGAUAUGGCAUGCACCCUCUAUCAAAAACUGACGCUUCAUCCAACUCGUCGAUCGGUCUCUGUGGACGAGAUCUGCUCGCCGUUCCAUUACAAUGCACGAUUCUUCGUCGAGGCCUUCUCCCGGUUUGUCACCCGCUGUCGCUACCCUCAAGUCACUCCACACCAACUCGAGGAUCUCGCAGCAGAUGUUCGUCGCCCGUUCACUUCUCUCCCGGUCUUCCAUCGUCUCAAGUUUCUCAACGAAGCAUUCUUCGGAAAGGAAACACUCGACUCCGUCCACGUUCAACCUCCUCGGUACAACACCUCUGGCACAUGCGUUGCUCCGGCACGUUUCGACACUGCACUAGUUAGGGUGGACAACAAUCCCGAAGGCGGUAUUCACAACUUCCGCGUCGCUCAAGUCAAGGUCAUCUUCUCGCUCCCCCAGGCAGCCGUUUCGGUGCUGUUCCCGCCCGACUACCCUCUGCCACAGCACUUUGCUUAUGUGGAGUGGUUCACGGCGUUCUCAGCGCAGCCCGACGCCGACUCUGGCCUCCAGCGGGUUGAACGUGAUGUUAGGAAUGGGGAAAGGCAAACGUCUGUUGUCCCCAUAACCAAUGUAAUACGGAGUGUUCAUCUUUUACCCAAAUGGGGGCGCUCUGUGCCCUCAGAUUGGUCUACUGACAAUGUUUUGGAGAGGUGCACUGUCUUUUAUGUGAAUAGCUUC